AUGAGCAGAAAUCUGAUUUCUGACGAUGAUGAUGAUGAUCUUGAUCGUCCAUCACCACUUUUACAAACACAACGUUUUACAAAACCUGGUAGUAUUGGUACAAAAAAUUUUAGUAUGACACAAACAAUACCGAAAUAUAAUGAAAAAUCAGAUUUUAAAAUAAAUUUAAAAAAAAUUAAUGAUGAUGAUAAUGAUGAUGAUAGUUUAAAUACUUCGGAUGAUGAUACAACUACUAAAACAGAUCGAAGUUCAUCAACUGCUACAACAAGUCAAUUAACACCAAAACCAAAAGAACGUUCAUUUCUUAAAAAAGAUACAGAAAAACCAAAAGUAAAACCACGUCAUACUGGUAUUAGUGAUGAUGAUGAUGAUGAUAAUGAACGAAAUGUAUUUGGUAAAACAAAAAUAGAACCAAGUCCAAGACAUCAAAUAUUAACACGACAUGAAGAAGAAGAAAGAAAUCAAUCAUUUAUGCAAACAUUUGCAAAUGAUAAAAAACGAAAAUCACCAACAGAUAUGUUUUCAAUUGAUCGUAUAUCUGAUACACAAAAAACUCGUUCAAAAUUUUCAAAUGAUCAUGACAAUAAAAAACCUAUAGAUAGUGAUGAUGAAAAUCUUUUAAAUAGACAAUCAAAAGCACAUAAAGAUUUUAUAAAAUCUCAACAUUCAUCAACAAGUAUUGAUCAAUUACAAACACAAAAACAUAGUAGUCGAAGUAAAGAAUCAAUAGAUCAAAGUGAUAAUGAUGAUGAUUUUUCCAAAAAACAAUCACAACGACAAAAUUUUGGAAAAGAAAAACAAUUAUCUCAUGAAUUAAUGCAGGAUACUAAUUCCAAUGUUAUUCAAAAUCAAUUAUCAUCAAGUCGACCUGGUUCAGCAAGUAAAAAAGAAGUUGAAUCUGCUCGACGUUCAUCAUAUUGUGAAGAUCAAGAAUCAAUUAUUCCUUCAACAAAUCAAAAACCUCAAUCACGACCAACAUCAGCUAAAUUAAAUACAAUACGUCAACAAACACAAGCAGCUAUUGAUACGAUUACUUCUGCUAAUAUUCCACCUACACUUGAUCCUUUAACAUCAAAUAAUGAAGCACUUGCUGCUGCACUUCAACCUCAACCACCACCAUCACCUCCUCCUCGUUCUUCUGCAAAUCUUCCACCUAGACCAAAAUUAAGUUCAAAAAAAGCAACCAUAGGAGGUAUUAAUAAAAAAGAAAAAUAUAAAGUUCCAUCUCGUUAUCAAGAAAUUACAUCACGUGUUGAUACUGGUCGAAAAUCCGUUUCUACAAUGGAUUUAUCACAAUCUAUUGAACGUGCACUUAAAAAAGAACUUCAAUUACAAACAUUACCAAGACCACAAAGUGCACGUUCAAGAAAACAAUCAGCAACAAGUAAUCAUAGUGGUGGAAGUCAACGACGUCGAUCAUUAUCAGCUUAUGAACAUGUUCAACCACGUAUUAAUACGCAUCGUUCAAUAAAUUUUGAUGAAUUAGAUACAAGUCAAUUACGUAAUGAUUCAAGUCAAUCAAUAAAAGAUGCUGUUUAUCUUGAAUGGUUAAAAAAUAAAGAACAUAGAAAAAAACGUGAAAAAGAAGAAUUAAAACGUUGGCAAGAAGAAAAAAUAAAACUUGUUGAUAAAUCUACAGUUGAACGUCGAAUUCGUCAAGAUGCACAAAAACUUGAACGAUGGCGUCAAGAAAAAGAAAAAGAAAUUAUACAAAAAAAACGAGAAGAAAAUGAAUUUAGACGUCGACAAAAAGAACUAGAAAUAAGCAAAAGAAUAGAAAAACAAAAAGAUUCUAAAGCUGGUUAUCAACAAUGGAAAGAACAAAAAGAUGAAGUAUUAAAAGAACAAAUUCAAGAACAACAUAAUAAAAAAACUGAAAUUGAACAACGACAAGAAGAAAAACAAAAGAAAAUUUUAGAAGCUGCAAAAGCUUAUGAAAAAUGGAACAAUAAAAAAAUUGAACAAACAAAAAAAUUCAGUGAAACAAAAAAACAUAUACAAGAAGAUCAAUUAAAAAAACUUCAUGAAAAUGAAGAAACAAAAUUUAUUAGUGCACAAGAAGCUUAUGAAAAAUGGCUUCAAGAAAAAGAUAAAUAUGAAAUUGAAGAAAAACUUAAUACAAAACGACGAAAUUCUCUUACAAAUAAACAACAACAAGUACCAUUUUUACCUGGUGGUUCUCAAAAAAAUACAGGAAAAAUUCGACAUCAUGUUUGGUAA